AUGCCAACACAACUUAAUCCCUUGCGAAGUGAGCUGUUUCGUUUAAAAUGUUUGAGGCAGCCUUCUGGAACGAGUAGAAAAAUCAAACGACGCGUUCAGCAGAAUCUGGAGGAAACGCGACGUAAACAUUCCGUCCAGUUCUCGCUUCCGCCGGCGGUGGCUCUCGAGGCGGUUGCCCAUCUAACGCUGGCAGCUGAGGUCUGGGGAACAUAUCACGUGACACUCGCGGACACGCUCCAAGCACACGAGCACUGGGAGCCAGCACCAGUUGGAAGCAAAGGAAUCAAACCCACGGCCCGGCAAGUGGUGACCGUCUCGCUGACGCCCGACCUCCCGCGCGAGACGUGGGACAAGAAGGUGGAGUUCCUGCUGGCGGUCAUCGGCUUCGCCGUCGACCUCGGCAACGUCUGGCGCUUCCCCUACAUCUGCUACCAGAACGGCGGCGGCGCCUUCCUCAUCCCGUACUGCGUGAUGCUCAUCUUCGGGGGUCUGCCGUUGUUCUACAUGGAGCUGGCGCUGGGGCAGUUCCACCGCUGCGGCUGCCUCACCAUCUGGCGACGCAUCUGCCCCGCGCUCAAAGGCGUGGGCUACGCCAUCUGUCUCCUGGACGUGUACAUGGGGAUGUCCUACAACACCAUCAUCGGCUGGGCGGUGUACUAUCUGUUCGCCUCCUUCCGCUCGGAGCUGCCCUGGACGACGUGCGACAACCCGUGGAACACCAAGGCGUGCCGCCCCGUCACCGCCGACGACCGCGACGAGAACUCCACCAGCCCCGCCGCAGAGUUUUUC